CAGCGCAGGCCGGCAUGAAGCGCGCGCUCUACCGACGCUUCGCCGCCAGCCGCCGACCCGCAGGAGAGGACGAGGACUGGACGAGCGACGCGGAGGCGGAGCGCCCGUCGCCGCCCCCGUCGCCGCCCCCGCCGCCGCCCGCAGCCGGCGACCAGGCCUCCCCCGCCGCCAGCGGCCCCCGCGAGUCUCCGCCCGCCGCCGUCCCCGACGCCUCGCCUGGACAGCCGCCUCCUGAGCCGCCGCCCCCCGCAGUCUCGCACGGAUCGGACAGCGGCGGCGAGGACGCGGCCCCGGCGGCCGCCUCCGCCUCCGGGCCGGCCCCCACGGCGCCGCCGUCGGGCAGCGGGCAGGUGCAGGCGCGGCUGCGGCUGAACCCCAGCCUGGCCACGGACCCCGCGCUGCACCGGCCCUCGCCCGCAGAGGUCCAGCUGCUCGCCGCGCUGCCGCCCUCCGCCGCCGCCGCCGCCGCAGCCUACCACAGCGCGAUAGCGUCGAGCCCCUACUUCUGCCUGCCGCCUCCGCCGCUGCAGGACGCGCCGCCGCCCUCGCCGUCGCCACAGCUGCUGACGUCACGGGCCAAGGUGGACACGGCGGCAGCGGCGGUCGCCACCGCACACGACGCGCCGCCGGCCCCGCGGCAAGUGCCUGUGUUCAUGUGCUCGCCGUGUGGCAUCCGCUUCAGCUCUUCCAGCACCCUGGAGGCACACCAGACCUACUACUGCUCGCACAGGCUCAAGAAUCUCAAAGGCCGAUCAGACAGCGACAGCGAGGAGGGCCGCGCGGCGCCGAGCUCGUGUGAGGGUGGCGCGCUGCAGGGCGACGAGAGCGUGGCUUCCGACGCCAGCCACGAGGGCGGCGCCGCGCCGCCCCAGGGUCCGGCGGCCAAGGCGGCGCGCACCGGCAAGCAGUACGCCUGCCCGCACUGCUCGUACAGCGCCGACAAGAAGGUCAGCCUCAACCGGCACAUGCGCAUGCAUUCGGCGUCGCCCGCGCCCGCCGCCGCCGCCGCCGCCGCCGCCGUCAACGGGGAGGUGCAGCCCGGGGGCGCGGGUUCGGACGCCGGCGUGGUCGGCGCGCCGCAGCUGGUGGACCGCUACUGCCAGGACUGCGACAUCCGCUUCUCGUCGGUGAAGACGUUCCGCGCGCACAAGAUGCACUACUGCAGCACGCGCCACGUCGUCAAGGGCCCCACGCACCUGGGCCCGGCGGCCAAGGCGGCGGCGCCCGCGCCCGCCACCGCCGCCUCCUCGUCGACGGGCGAGUCCGCCCCCGCGUCGCCGGCGGACGGCGCCUCGCCGCCGCCGGGCCCCGCGCUGCCAGCCUCCCCGGGGGCGGCGUCGCCCGCCGUGGUGCCGGUGGGUGUUCCGGCGCCGGCGCCGCCACAGCCCAUCCUGGCGCUGCCCACCAACCCCAUCCUGCUGGUGCCCUACUCGCUGUUCCAAGGCGCCAGCCUGCUCACGGGCCCGGCGGCGCUGGCCAUGGCGCACCACGACAGCCCCUGCGUGCUGCUCGCCGACGGCACGUUGCAGCCACUGGCGCAGGGCAUCCUCUCGCAGCACCCCCACCCCCACCCCCAGCCGCCCCCGCAGGUUCCGGCCUCUUCUCCGGCCGCGGCUCCCGCCGGCCACGCAGCGACGUCACAGCCCACGCACAGGGAGGACCCCACCACGGGCGGCGAACCCGCCACCUCCACGCCUCCCAGGCAUCACCAGAGAGAAGGCUCCGAAGCGAGCGGUCCACUAGAUCUGAGCGUGCGGAGGGCGUUGUACGGCGGCGCCGACCAGCCGGUGGGGACGAGCGACGGCGACGCGGCGGACGGCGACUGCGACGGCCGCGAGGAGGCGGGUGGCGCGGGCGGCGCGGGCGGCGCGGGCGGCGCGGGCUGCGGGCCCUACCUGCUGUCCGCGUCCUCCGCGUCGACGACGCCGUCGCCCGCGCCGUCGGCCGCCAGCCCGGCGCGCCGCGGGGACAGCCCCGGCGCCGUCGCCAGCCCCAAGCAGCCGCCGCACGCGCCCUCCCCCAAGUCGCCCAGGCGCACCCCCAACGGCGUCGUCACCGUGAAGCCGGAAGUGCUGGUGGCCAACCAGAAGCGCGUCAUCGUGUCUCCCACGCGCUCCCUCGGCUCGGACGGGCAGUCGGCCGACGAAGUGGCGCCGCCGCCGCCGCUCUCCUACCCUUCGCCGGUGAUCGCGACGCGGCGCGGCCUCGCGCCCUCCUCGUCGGCCUCUCCGUCGUUGGCGACUCCGCCGCCGCAGCCGGUGACGGCCGUGGCGAAGCUGCCGCCUGUGCUGACGCCGCCCGCCGGGUCGCUGCCGUUGCUGGCGCCGGCGGUGGCGGGCGGCGCGCCGGGGGCGGCGUCGGCGCUGCUGGCGGCGCAGCGGGCUGGCGAGCUGCUGGGCGGCCCCGCGGGGGCUGCGGCGGCGGCCGCGGCGCUGCUGCCGCUGCUCAUGGCGGCCGAGCUGCCCGCGCUGCCGCCGCACGUGCUCGUCAAGCAGGGCGUCUCCAAGUGCCGCGAGUGCAACAUCGUCUUCUGCAAGCACGAGAACUACGUGGCGCACAAGCGCCACUACUGCUCGGCGCGCCUCGAGGGCGGCGGCGCGGGCGCGUCGGCGGCGGCGGCGGGCUCCGGCGAGGAGGCGGGCGUGCCGGGGGCGGCCGGCCCCUCUUCGGCGCAGUCCCCUCCCGGGGGCGGCUCCCCCACCGGCGGCGGGCCCGGCAGCCCCCGCGGCGCCGCACAGCAGCCGCUGCCCCACAAGACGCUGCUGCAGUUCAUCUGCGGAGCCUGCGGCAUCAAGUUCACCUCCCUCGACAACCUGAACGCGCACCAGGCCUACUACUGCCCCAAGCGCGCAGAGCUGCCGGCCGCCAAGCCGCCCGAAGACAAGCUGGGCCGCAAGUGCCCCAAGUGCAAGGUGCUGGUGCCGGCAGAGCAGGUGGGGACGCACCAGUGCUCCGGCAGCGGAGCGGGGGCGGCCGGCGCGGGCGGCGGGGGCGGCGCCGGCGCGGGCUGGAAGUGCCCCUGCUGCGAGGUGGUGAGCCCGACGGCGAGCGCCGCCCAGCGCCACAUGGACACGCACAGCGGCGUGCGCGCCUUCCGCUGCACCAUCUGCCGCUACAAGGGCAACACCCUGCGCGGCAUGCGCACCCACAUCCGCAUGCACUUCGAGAAGAGAACCGCCGACCUGCAGGAGGAGAAUUACAUCACGUGCAUCACUGGAGAGGACGCGGUGCACCAGCCGCAGCAACCGCAGCCGGGGGCGGCGCCGGCGCCAGCUCCCACCCCCGCUUCGGCGCCCGCCCCCGCGCCCGCCUCUGCCACGGACGCGUACCCCGAGUCACCCAGCGACGGCGGCGACUCGGGCCGCAUCGACAAACUGCACUUCUGCGACGCUUGCAGCUACAACUCCUCCUACAAGGGCAACGUGGUGCGCCACUGCAAGCUGGUGCACAGCGGCCGGGCAGGCGUCGGCGUCGCGACUGCCGACGACGCCGCCUCGUCGUCGUCUUCGUCGUCGUCGUCGUCCUGCUCCUCCGCGGCGGACCGCAAGUCCGGCGGCGCGACGGCAGACGCGGCCGUGGCUGCCACGACGGUGGCGGCGGCCGCCGCGACGCCGAGGGCGGGCGCCGACGCCGACGCGUCGGUGGUGAAGCGCGAGCCCGCAGAGGGCGAGGGCGCCGUGUCCGCCGUCAAGACGGAGCCCGGCGCCGACGACGCCGCCGCCGAGGACGCCGCCGGCGCGUCGGCCGAGGAGCACGGCGCCGCCGCCGAGGUCAACCUGGCCAGGCCCAAGUACUGCAAGUCGUGCGACAUCUCCUUCCAGUACCUCUCCACCUUCAUCGCGCACAAGAAGUACUACUGCUCCAGCCACGCGGCCGAGAACUCCGCCAACAACAGGACGACGGAGGCGUCCGUUCUGUAGGGAGGUCGCGAAAUCUCAUCCAAAUCACCUGUUACGUCGUCCUCGUAACAAUUCUCGUGUAAUUAUUUAUUCGGAAGUUGUAUGGAUUUGUCACAUUGUGAUGACACAUGUAGAUUUACGUCGUUGUUGAAAAUCGUGUUCGUGUACAUGUUCUGUAGUAAACUAUUUUAACUGCCGGUGACUGUGGUGCCGUACAGACAGACAGGGUUCUGACACGUGUGAGAAAUAUUGUCGUACGUUAAAUGUUUUGCAUACAUAUAUAUAUAUAUAUAUAUUGUUUAGUACAAAUAAUUUUUUAAAAUAUUCUCAUUAGUCAAAUCUGAUACACGUGCACAAGGCAACUAAAAAAUAUCUCAGCGAGCGCUCUUUUAAUUUUUAUUCUCUUUAGGUGAAGCAUAAUUUUCAUAACGUCUUCCUUCAGUUAACUUUCGAGUUUAGAACUUGCCGGCUCCGUGAUAGAUUUAUGCUCUUGUUAAUACUAUUAAGAUGUGAAGUUCUGUGAUAUAAAUGAAAUACAGAAUAAACAGAAUGUAAAAUUAAAGUUACACAAGUCUGCAUCACUGGCAGAUAUUGGUGAAACAAUUUCGGAUGAGGACAUAUGUAUGUACUGUGCAUAAAUGAAAAUUUGCCCCCUCAUGUUUCAAUAUGAAACAUGGAUUUUUUUUAGAUCCUUAGAUUCAUACAGUACUUGAAUCUCUCUGUUAUAGUGGUUUAGAACAAAGUAACCAAUAAUGUAUUUUAACUGGGAAUAUUCCCCUCAUAGCAGCAUGACAACAUUUAAUGUCAAGAAACAAAUUCCUCUCACACUAGGUAAGAAAAUAGAGACUCUCUCUCUUACUCAUGGAAUCCAUAAUAAUAAAAGUGAGAUUGUUAAUAUACAUAUAAAGUUUAUCACUGCUGUGAAACUUAUGGUAUAAGGUGGUGUCUUGCCGAUUCAAGAACAGCUCCCAUCAAAACAUAAACCUCUCAGACUUCCCAUAACAAAUGAAAUGAUUUUCAGAAGCAAGAAAACGUAUUUAUGGGAAGUAAAAUACACCUUGAAAGUUUUAUCUCUUAUUUACACAUUCAUGUUGGGAACUGGCUUUUGUCUUACAAAUUAACUGGGAAACAAUUAACAUUGUCAGAUAUGAUAGUACAGAGAAUAAUACCAAAUCAAUCUCUAAAAUGAGAGAAUGUUCCUUCGAGUGGGACAGUAGUGCCUCACUUACUCUCAAUUUUGCUUCUGCCAGUAAAACAAAGCAAUUAUCAUACUUCCCACAAUAUUAAGAUAUGGCCAAAUAUAAAUCACAGUGAAACUUAACAUCUACAGUAAGUUCAGUUACAGCCGAAGCAGACCUAAUUUAUCAUCUACCUGCAUUAUAAAAGCAAUCCACAGCUCUUGUUAGUUUCAACAAUCCUCUUCAUACACCAUAUCCAUAACAUAAUUCCUUCUAUAAUGACACCAGUUGGUUUUACGAUGAUAAAUACUCUAUUCCAAUGAUACUGCUCUUCUGCCAAUGAUAAAUUUAACUGUAUUUGGUAUGCCAAAAUAACACUCAGUUUUAAUGUUCGUUAUUUCAAAGCAUUUUUUGAGAUAUUCCUGCAAGCUACCAUUUACAGUGACAAUAAUCUCUUGGGCCAUGAACUUAUAUUUGGAAACACAAAGCAUACUUGUGCCUUUGCACUGUAUAUAUAUAAGUAAAACAUUCCUGGUUUUGUUUUAUAACUCUUUAUGUACCUAGGAGGGAGGGGAGAACUCACUGAAACGAAAAUUUCAAUACUUAAGUGACAUUAUUUGGGCACAUUGAAAACUGAAUGAAAAUGAAUCUCUUGUGGACAAUAUGCUAGUGUGGAAGUUUCAUUUAUUACAAUUUAACAAUUUUAUAUUGUCUUAACAGAUCAAAUGAAAAAUUGUUAUAAUGAGGCCAGUGAAUAUGUACAGGAGAUUAAGCACUAGUAACUCUAAAUUACAGGCACUUUACUGUUGCAGCACAAGUAUAUUAAAUGUCUCUGAGAUGAACGAUCUUUAGCCUAAGCUACCGAAUUUUCUGCAGUAAUGAAUGUUAGUAGAUCUGAUACAGUAUGAGUGAAAUUUUCACAACUGUAAUCAAUGCUACUGAAGAAAAUUUUUAAACUAUGCAAGACUGAUAAAGGAAAAGGUUUUACCACAGCACACCAGCACAUAUUUUUUCUCCAGAAAAGAAUGAUUUAGAAGCCUCUUAAUGAUUAAGCAAGUGUCACACAAUUUCACAACUAUCUUCAGAAGGUUUUUUGUCUUUUUUUAAGAUAGCUGUUAUCACAAAUGGAAAUACUACAUUGCAGGAGUGACAAGGAGAUAGAGAUCUCUUUAUUCUCUUUAGUUUUUCAACAUGCACUCCAUAUUGGCUAAUCCAAUUCUCAACCACUUUUCUCUCUCAGUGCAACAAAUUAACAAGUAUCCUUUUAUGUCUACACAGUAUAUAAUGCUAUAGUUAGCGGAAAUAACUGGUAGAAAACGCAAGGAAGCAGUAGAGGUGCAGAUCACUGGCCAAAAUGCCGGUUAAAUAGAGCUAUCAGAAACAUAAAAGAGCAUAUUUGAGUUUUCACUCCCAUCGCGUUUCUGUUGUAAUUUGAAGAGGAAAAUACGUGACUGCCAGAUUCUUUAAGUCAACACUAUCUAUGAUUGAUUGAGGAGCUAUGAGUAAAAGUGUAUGUCAUAGUCCAUUCUAGAAUCUCAGACUUAAAAUAUGUGAAAAAUCAUCUGAAAUGUGAGCACUAAAAACAGCAGUGAUCAUUACAAGCAUAAGGCAAACAAAAAUUAGUUCUAAAUGUAAACUCAAAAAAAAGUCUUUCUUUUAUUUCUUAUAUACAUCUGACAGAUCUUAAAGCCAGUGUAUCUUAGAAGGUGAAUGUUCACCAAGUAUAAUAUUCAAAAUUUACAGCAUACAAAUCUGGUUUUAAGGCUGAAUUCGGUGCCAAGGGCAAUAGGAUAAUUAGAAAUUCUUCUGUGUUGAAAAGAACAUAAACACAAAACAGUGGCAUAAAAAUUUAUAAUUCCACUUAACAAAUCAGCAAAUCAUAAAUGAUUUUAUGUCUACUAUGCCUGAUAAGUUUUACACAAAUUACCUGAUUCAUAAAACCUUAGUAAUGAAAUUAAUUCAUUUUUUUGAUUGUGUAGGUAGUUAACCUCUGUCACUGUUGUUGAUCAGAUGUUAUCUUAAAUCACACUGCCUACAAGCAGUUGUCUUCCAUUACAAACAGUUCAUGAUGUCAUUAAAUGUAACUAAAUAUUUUUACCUUGUAUUGUUAUUAUAAAUUUAUGUUGUUUCUAGACACAAAAAUAAUCUCUCUUGCAAGUAUUUCACAUUAUUUACAUUAAUGCCUUAUCAAAAGCAUAUUCCUCAAAGACUCAUAAAAAUAACAAGAGAAAAAUAUGACGAUAUACAUCUAUGACCUAUACCUAAAUUCAACAAUGAAUUUUUAAGUUCAUUUGACUGCAUUGAGGGUGAUAUCUCAGAUCUAUCUGUGUAGAAUAUAGUAAAUUUUUCCAUAUUAUUUGACAUAAACUUAUAUGUGUACACUUAUCUUGAAACAGUUGACUGUGAGGAUUAUUACAUGUGAAUGAAUGAAAUUGAAGCUAUUAUAAUAGAGAUUUGUUUUAAAAGGAAUGAAUAUUGUAUCUGUAGAAUGAGAUGUUUUGUAGGUUAUAUAUGUCGUUGUGCAUGUGUGGCGUAUAUUUGUUCUAGAUUGUGUAAAUGCUGCCCUCUUGUUAAUGUAACAUUAUCCCCUUGCCAAAGGUUUAUAUGAGUUGAAAAAUAUAUGAAUUGAAAAAACACACCUUUGACUGUAAGCUUUGAAUCUUUUUGACUUUUUAUAUUUUGUGGAUAACCUUCAACAUAGUAGCUGUAUAGUAUGAUAGCUCUGUGUAAAGUUACUGUUUGUAAAUGAAAAUGUGUUAAAACUGUUGGUGCUACAUAGGAAUUAUAGUAUCCAAUGCAGCUCGCACUCAUGCUGCCAGUCAUUGCGAGGAUAAAUCAGCCAUACCCGGAGACAAUAAAUUAUUUAUUUGUAA